GCGGAGUCGCAGGUCGGCCCGCUGCUUUACUCUCCGCUUUAUUUAUCGCCGGAGAUGGUCCAUAAGCUUUCAAGAAGGACGAGAGCUCCAUCGAAGUUCCACCCACGGAAUUUCAAGAGUACGGGACCAGAGGAGAGUGUCGACUUUGAACCUCUUGCUCGGCCGCCGAAGGCGACAAGAUUUAGCCCAACAACUUCCCUUGCAGAAAAGAGGAAAUGGCGGCGAGCAGAUGGAGAAAUCUAUAGACCGGAUUACAGAAAGAAACGCCCGAACAGCUCUAAUCUUUAAGACUCGGAGCUUAGAAUAACGACAAGCAUGAUGAAAGGUAGACUAAAGUCGCUGAAGUAUCUUCUCAACGUCCGAUCCUGCGAAAAUGGAGUCUCUAUAUUGCAAUUACAUGAGAAACAAACGAGCUGGUAGCCAUGAUGAGGAUCGUGGAUCUUGGUAGUUAUGCGAAUCUUACUUACUUUGGAAUGAAGAAGUUGAAAGUCACCGAAAUGGACGCCCUGUAGAACAUCCAAAUAACCGGGGACCUGCAAGAAUCAUACACAUUGUACGAGGAAGUAUCGGAGCUGACGCGGCUAAGUUCUCAACUCCUGUUGUACUAAACGAUAGAUACUUACAAUUUGUCAAAUGGGCAGACGAAGUCACCAUUUCCACGUUUCGUACGUUAUCGCGACAUCAGUUUGAGUCUAUUGGCAGCUCCAGCUCAAGCGUAGUCUCAAGGACUUUCAAUGUCGCCUCGGCAGCAGUAGCAGCAUCCACACCAAACAACAACGCGGAGCUCAAGAUUUGCACCAGUUGGAUAAUUGUGGCCACGGUAGAAAAGUUCUACAUUUUCAGAAUUGCAAGGACUAUUAUUACACGAAGAAAGUUCUGGGAUUUUUGACAAACAACAAGAAUCCAAAGAUAUACUCUACGUGCACAAGUCAGAUUGGUUCCACAACAAAGGAGUACGAUUUGGCCGCUCAAGCAAAGUCGGGGACGCAACUAUCAAACGCAUCAUCCCUGCAAACGUUGUGAUGAGAAAUCUGACCUGGAGAAGGCAAGCGGGGAAGAUCAAGCGGCAUUCAACGCAUGCAUGUCAGCUUUCAUCGUUGAUGAAGAACCAUGGUUUCUUGACUCAGGCGCAAGCUCACACGUCACAUAAAAC